AUGCAUCCUGCUUCCGAGUCACACUCGGCCAUCCAUGAGUAUCUGCUAGAGUCUCCCUGUCGCUCCAUCUUCUACAUUCCACAAUUCAUUACUGCUGAAGAGGCUUCAAGUUUAAUCACACAUAUCUUCCAACGGUCGAACCGAUGGACUACUCUACGCAACAGACGACUGCAGACAUGGGGAACCAUGCCUGCUCCGCCAUUGAUGAAUCAAUCUUGGUCAGCAUCAAAACACCAACCACUUCCAUCAUGGAUGCAUCCAGUACUGGAUCGUAUCCAGUCACUCGGCAUAUUUUCAUCAUCUCAACCACCCAACAACUGCCUUGUUAACGAAUACAGACCUGGACAAGGCAUCAUGCCACAUUUGGAUGGUCCUAAAUAUACAUCAAUGGUUGCAACGGUUUCACUUGGUGAGGCUGCGAUGCUCGACUUUUACCCCUAUCACUCUAAUACUCGUGAUGAGUAUGCAACAGAUCGAGACAAGAUCGAAUCGAGUGCAUCAUAUCAAUCGGACAUCAAACCUGCAUUUUCUGUGAUUGUUGAGCCAUUGUCGCUGUUGGUGCUUCAGGACGAAGCAUAUGAUCACUACAUGCAUGGAAUUGACGAAUCAUUCGAGUUUUCUAUUGGUGGUGUGGGCUUAACUGAUGAGCCUAAAAAUACCACUGUUCAUAGUAUCAUCAAUGCUGACACGGUUCGAUCCAGAAUUCUAUCCCAAAAUCACAAUGCCAAAUACCCUCAGUUGUCAGUAACUGUAAAAACCUCGACCAACUUGGAUCCUGUAACCAAAAGUCCUAUUGACACAGAUCUUGACCAUGGUAUUGUAAUACAUCGUGUAUGCACUCGUGUUAGCUUGACCUUUAGACAUGCAUUGUAA